AUGUUCGCUAAAGUCAGCACCGCCAUCGCCCUCUUCAUGCUCGCUGCGCAGGUCGCAGCAGCACCUCCCGCUUGCUUGAUCGCCGCUAUCAGCACCACUCAGAACCCGAGCGACGUCAAGUCCAUCUGCAGCAGCCCAUCCAACAUUCAGAGCACUCUUAGCUCUAAGUGUGGCAGCGACGCCAGCACUGCCCAGAACGCCUUCAUUGCGGUCUGCAAGGACGCCGGCGUGACAGUCUCCGCUCCUACCACCAGCUCCAGCACCGGUAGCAGCACCACUUCAGGCCAAACUUCUUCGACUCAGAACGGCUCUGGAUUCACCACCUCCACAACACCCUCCAAGACCGGCACCGGCUCUGGUACCGGCACCAGCGCCUCUCCCGGCACGGCGACUGGCGCCGCUUCACGAUUGGGCAUGGAUGUCUUGGGUAUGGCUGCCAUCGGUGUCUUUGGCGCUAUGCUCGCGGGAUCGAUGUAG